GUAAUACUAGCCAGUCCUCUUCCGGUGAAAACGGUUCAUUUUGACCGGAACCAGGGCAGCAGCUUUCAGGCGGAACCACAGAGGAAAGUGGACUCGGAGCCAUGGGGAUCAAGCUGUACUACACCACCGUGACCGCCUCCCGCACGGUGAAGUCCCAGCAGGCUGAGGUGAUCCGAAUCCUGGACAGUAAGAGCAUCCGGUACGAGCUCAUCGACAUCUCUGUGGGGGGGGAGCUGCGAGAUGAAAUGAGAAGCAAAGCGGGAGACCCCGCAGCUGUGCCCCCCCAGCUCUUCAACGAGGACCAGUACUGCGGGAAUUAUGAAAUGUUUGCAGAAGCCGUGGAGGCAGACUCCGUGGAACAGUUUCUGAAGCUGGCCUGAGGAAGAAGGCAGCUGGACAGUCUUCCUCUCUGCCCCCCACCCCCACGCUGCAGGGGGCUCCACUUCCCGUCUGACUGAGUCCUCCACUUUCAACGCCAAAAUGAAGAAUGCCAAAAAUCCAGCUUAUUGAUUAGACGACGAGCAUUUCCCUCCUGCUGCUCCGGCCUCUGCACUCGUCCCAGUCUGUUUUAGAUCUUUAUUUCUGUCAUUUCUUUGCAAACCAGAGUCACUUUCUGCUCUGUCACAAGUCCACAGCUGUGGAGAAGGGCAGUAAUUAGGUCGACUACUCUGAGCGGUGGCCACAUGAUCACUUCAGACUAAUCCAUCUGAUAACAUUCAACCCAGAAUCUGUGGAAACGCACCCCCUUUCCCUCUUCAUGAAAAACGAUGGCAGAGCACAUCAUGUUUAUAAAUCUGGGGUUUUGGUUUUGAGAAGCAAAGAAAAUCAUCUCCAAUCUUGAUCAUUUUGAAUGUUUCCUCAUGAAAGCUCAUUGAACAUACAGAAAGUCAUCUUUACCUCUGAAACAGGAAUGUGUGCUUUUCCCUGACAUCUCUCCAAUGACUGAGGUUCAAAUGUCAAAGAUUUUUUUUUUUUUUGGAAUUGUGAAUCGGUGUCAGAAAGGAAGUUUUAUUUUGAAAAUCCCAUCCAGUAUUUUCAAAACCAUUUCAGAUGAUGUACAAAAACUUUUCCUUCAGUCACAUCAAGUCUUAAGGUUGUUGUUCAAACUUUGAUGGGAACAAUUUUCAGUGGAUUGGUUUUUCAAAAUAAAAGCAUAUGAACAGAUGGAAAGUGUUUGUGUCCGUAAAGUUUAGUUUUUUCUUUUCACAUUUGGUGCCAAUAGACUGUAACUGUUAGUACCGCUGUAGUGUUAACGUUUGGCUCCUGUUCCAUUUCUUGACACGCUGCUCUUGCCACCAGUGACUGAGCAGUGAUGCCAAAGUGAAAAUGAUUGAUGGAUUUAUUGGGUUACCCGACAGUCUUAAGGGAGCAGCAUGUUUGGACCUACGCUGGUUCUGGAUCUCGGCUCAAAUGCAAUGUGUCUGUGCAGUCUUAAGCAGGUUUUCCCACCCAAUCGUCUGUGUGCUUUGAUUUGGCAGCCCCUGUGCUGUCCUGUAGCCGUCUGCUUGUUAUUGGUGUGUUCUCACGAAGAAUCUUAGUAAAGACAUUCCAGUGUAAACAGCUUUGCUUUUGGACCAACAUCCUUGGCCAAAACAGAAAAUCAAAGGAGAAAAUGGGGAUAAAAUGCAGUUGUCUUCCAAGAAGAUUGUGAAAAGUGAUUCAUGGAUUAAGAAAAUAAAGGGUUGAGUCUGUCUGUGUGGGGUUCUUCUGUUGAGGUCUUGUUGUGCAGCAGCAUCUGGAGAUAUUCUGCAAAUAAAUGUGGAAUCUUUCUUAA